AUGGCCGUAAAAGCCCUCAUCUCCACUCUCGAGGAUGAAAUCCUUGAUCCGGAAGAAGAAACGUUCUUCCUCUUCUCGCACAAAAUCCCCUCAUCGAAUCUGGGCUUCAUCGACCCCAAAGCGACAUCUCUCUCGCUGACUUUAGCGGACCGAGAUUUCACCAUCCAUCAAUCCCCCACCGUCCUCUCAUCGACCCGCGCAGGCGGUACAACCGGCGCAGUCCUCUGGAAAAUCACCCCCGUCUUCGCAUCCUACCUCUCCUCCCCGACCUCACCCUUCGCCACCAUCUUCCACCCUUCCUCCACGGUGCUAGAACUAGGCUGCGGAAUAUCACCCCUGACAGCCCUCCUCCUCGCCCCGCGGAUAUCCCGCUACAUCCUGACAGACCAACCUUACGUCUCGCGCAUGAUCCACCAGAACCUCGAAGCGAACCCCUUAGCAUCGUCCGCCGCGACGAAAUCGUCCUCUUCCUCCCGCAGACGAAAGGCAGGCGGAGGCGGAGGCGGAAGCGGAGCUUCUUCUUCUUCUUCUUCUUCUUCGUCCGCUUCCCACGCUGCUGCCGGGGUUGGUCAAGGGGGGGUAAUCGAGUUCCGCUCUCUGGACUGGGAACUCGACACCCCGACCCCGGACCUGACGGGGUCCCCGUCGGCCCGCAGCUUCGACGCCGUGGUGUGCUGCGACUGCAUUUACAACGAGGCGCUCGUCGACCCCCUCGUCUCCACGACCGCCGACCUCGCUCGUCUCCGCCUCCGCGCCCAGGAAGACGAGGAAGGGGGGGAAGGGGAGAAGAAGGAGGAGGAGGCGGCGGUUCGGUCCGAGCCGUGCGUUUGCAUAGUGGCCCAGCAGCUGCGCAGCCCCGACGUCUUUGAGGAAUGGGCCAAGAGUUUUCACGACAAGUUUCGCGUCUGGCGCGUCCCGGAUUCGCUGUUGCCCGAGGGGCUCCGGAUCGAGGCUGGGUUUGUGGUUCACAUGGGUAUCCUUAGAGAGUCCCGUUUCGAGAUCUAG